AUGAAGCGAGGAAGCCGGUUAAAACUCCUUCGACGCACUCUCCGGGAAAGAAAAUUGCUGGCCAACCUUGUCCUGGAACUUCGUGUCCCACAGAUGGACCUAUUGUUCACCCAAGGGAAACAGAGCACCCAAUGGGAGGAGUACAGAGAUUUGGUAGCAUCUGUGGUUAUGGUCUGCCCCAACCUGGAACGGUUGUUAGGCUUGAGUAUACCGUAUAACCACCAAUUCGACCGGUUAACCCACGCAUUAUCUACACGACGAAAGCUGAAGGAACACACAUGGCUUUUGGGUGAGGCAAUUGACGUUUCAGAAGGAUCGCCUCGCAGCACCUCCUGCCCCGGAAGUCUGGGACCCUCGCAGAUGUUCGAGUUCUUAGAUUAUCACACCUCGUGGACAAACCUGGAAACACUGAUGCUAUACGGAAUUAGCGAAAAUAAUGCUCUUGAACCGAGCAUCUUUCUGCGCAUGUUCAGCCUCUUACCAUCGCUACGAAACCUGUGCAUUGCAAAUUUCGAUGCAGAAGCCUUUGGGGAUAGCACUUUGCUAUGCUUGCCGCCAUUGGAAUCGUUGCGCCUGGAGAACUUGCCCGGCGUUACUGAUACAGGAUUAUCGCAGUACACAUCGCGCACUGAAUCCCAUUCGCUCAAGUCACUGGCCGUCGUUGAACAAAAUAUUGAAUCCUUACUCGUGAUAUCGAAAAUUUUAACAUCCUUGCCGCAAUUAGAACGGUUUAAAAUCGUUCAGAAUGACAAAUGCCCCACGCUAAAUAGCGAUGGGAUUAUCUUCCAGCCGUUGUUCGCCUCAUCUACUCUCAAAUACCUUCAUUGGGAUGUUGCUUGUCCCAACCCCAAUACUGCCCUGACAAGGCUGGAUUAUGCUCCAUUUGUGAAGCCCCCAAAACAUAUCAACACACCCAAUUCUCAUCUCGCUCAAAGCAUUCUUUCGGACGGGUUUCCUCAGCUUGAGGCGCUCCGUGCACCAUCUGAUAUAGAGCCACCUGGUGUCCUGCAGGCUGUUUGCCAGCCCAUUCCCAGAGGACAGGCUCUUCUUCAGCCCGAUCGGUAUAGUCUCCCUCGCAGCUCCCACGGCUCCGUUAGCACACGACCAAUGGCCUUGCCGGCGGGAAAUAACCUCACAUCGGCUCGGAUACGAGCCCAGACGUUCAUCGACAUGGCUGCGAAGGACACGGAAACUGGAAUGAGAGUACUCGUCACUGACCAUUCUGACGGUUAUGUGCCGGAUAAUGCCUUGGAAGACAUGUCAGAUGACGAUUUGGAGAUGGACAUGGACGAGUCUGUGGAAUGGGAUUCACCAGAGCGGCCGAGACAUGAUAAGUUACCUGAGAAUCGCGACGGGCCUGUUACCGUGUGCGACUUUAGGAUGCCCGCUUACAUGGGCCGAGUGGGCAGCAGGAGGAGAGGCCAAGAUGUGUCCAUUCCACGGUUCAUCCUGCGCCCUGAUAUACAGGGACAAGAAGCUGACGGCGGCCUGGUUGGCUGGAAGCACAUACUGGCCUCGAACCAGUCCUUAACAUACGCCGCAGGAGUCGGGGUACACUGCUUCGGAAAUAAGGGCAACACCAGCCCACUCCCGGAGGAGCCUCCAUCUCCUGCAUCGACGACCGUCAGUCGAUUUGGCUUCGGAGGCAUCACUAGGAGCUCGACAUUUGGUUCAAGCCCCAAUACUCCCAUAACGCCCUCGACACCGAUGAGUCUCUCGUCGCCGACUGCACUUCCGUGGGACAAGGACACCUGCACCGGUUCCUGGAAUUAUAGCCAUAAAAACGGCCGAGAUUGGUGGUUCCACAUGGAGCGGGAACGACCAGGGCAUAUCAAGCUCAUCGACGUCAAACAGCUGUUUUAG